AUGUGGUUUGUUUCAGAAACCAUUACCAAUUACGAUGAACCACAGCGUUUUACCACGACAAAAUCUCGUCAAUCUGUACCACAACAACAAUUGAUUUCAUCGUCAUUAAAACGUCGACCCGCCACAAGCCCUAAAGAAACUUUUUACGAAAAUGAGAGCGUACCAUCACCAUCCGAUUAUGAUCUAACUUUAUCAACAUCAAUAUCAACUACAAGAACAAGUCAUGUUUCAAGUAAUUCAUCCCAACCACAAACAGCACUUGUAUCAACUAAGUCUACAAAUGAAAUUGAGAUAAAAAUAAGAUUUGUUUUCUUGCGUGUGGGAGAAAUCGACACUUUGAAUGAGCGUUAUAAUGCUGAAAUAUUUUUUGAAGCCUGUUGGAUUGAUGAAUGUUUAAAAAAUCAAACGUUGUAUGAUCCCAGUACUCACUGGAAUCCUGAUUUAACCGUAAUUAAUGGACUUGGUGAUAAUAAACACGAUGUUUGGUAUACGAUGACGACUUCGGACGGUAAUACUUUUCCACAAGUGACAGAACAUCAUAAAAUUACAGGUGUCUUUUGGGAAAAAAUGGAGUUAUAUCAUUUUCCUGCUGAUGUCCAAGAAUUAUCCAUCUCAAUAACAACAACAAAAACUCUCAAUGAUAUUAAAUUUGUUCGAAAUGAAUCUAAACCAUCGGGUGUGAAUCGAGCUGUGUUCACAGAUCAACAAGAAUGGUACCUCUAUGAACACGUAGAAAUGGAGAUCACCGAACAAGCUGAAGAAUUUUCAGAGGCAGCGCAAACACAUCCGGUAAUUGUCGUGUCCUGCCAUGCUGGAAGAUCAAAAGUAUUUUGCAAUACAAAGCAGUUAGAACAAGAAGGUCAUUCCACAGAUUUUCUAUGCGAUGACAAUGAAGAUGAUAACAAUGAUGAGGAUGAUGGUGGUAGUGAUAACAGUGGUGAUGAUGAUAACACUAAUAUGAACCAACAUACAACAAAUCGUCAAAAUAUGGGUAAGGCUCAUAUACAACGUAAUCGUAAAAAAGAACGAAGAAAUAUUUUGAGUAAUCAACAUCAAACGAAAAAACAUUCUAGUACUCGACAAUUAUUGUUUUCCAAAAGUACCAAUUUCGAAAACAGUAAAGAUGGUUUCAGCAAUAGAACAACAGACAAUCUACCACCAAUUGAUGCUUCUAUAUCAAAUCCAAUGAUACAAAAACAACAAUGUAAACAGUUAUCUUCACUAGAAAAUAAUAUUAGUAAUCGUGAUAAUUCUAUACAAUCAACAUUAUCAGAUAGUGAUGUUGCUGCAUCUGAUUUAAUUGAAAAACAAGCACUUUCACAAUUACAAAAUGCUAUAAAUGAAGCAGAUUGUAUAUUAAGUGAGAGACAAGAAUUAACAGCAAAUACAGGUAUCAAUGAUCUGAUAGAACUAAUUAUACCAUUAUCAAAUGUACCAAAACAAAUUACAAAUAUGUCAACCACACUAAACCAUAUAGCAAAUGCAUUAAAAGACUUAAGAAAAGUAAAUAUCUAGUGGCUGUCUAUAGUUAAGCUGAAAAUGUGCUAUAGUUUUUUGUAAUGUCACAUUCAAUCGUUGGUUAACUCCUUAUUCACCUUCAACGAUUAAUAGAACUUUCUUUUAAUAAAAAUCUAAAAGUUUACAAGUUAUAAUCGAAAAAGGUCAACAUAGAACUUUGAUUAAAGCAUGACAGUUCUCUUCGUUUGUCACAAUGGUGGCACGAAAAAGUUGCGUUUUCUGGCAAGUUUGAGAAAAAUAAAAGAAAUAAUACAAAAUUCGCUAUUUUUCAUUUCGGACUUAUGUAUAAUCAGUUACCUCCACACUUUGUAGACACACGAAGGAAAUAGCAUUUUUUUAUUGUUCCUUCAUAUAGAGUACUUCGGGGUAAUUAGAGACACUGUUUGGAAUUUUCGUCCUUUUUUUGCUAUUUCUUGGCCGUUUUUGAUCGAAAAAAAGUUGCUAUUGAACAUGAGCAUGUAGAAAAAUGUUCGGUCUAUCACCAUGUUCAAUAGCAACUUUUUUUUCGAU